GUAACUGUAAAAAAAAAAAAAAAAAAAAGAUCAAUUUUCAAAGAAGUCGAACGGCCGCUAUUGGGGAAGCGUAGUAAAUAGCCGUUAGGGCAGAAACAAAGCAAAUGGAUGAAUGAAGGGCUGGGUUGUCAUUUUGCAAGGUCACUCUGUAGACGCAACCAGAGAUCCACUACGCUCCUCUGUUUCUGUUCGCAAUCUAGACCGCCCGAUCUGCACAUCACAUGAUUAUACUGUCGUUGAUGGUUUGGUCGGCCCUACCUUGCGCACAUCCAACGGUCCAACUCAGCCAUCGUGUUGCAGUAUAAUCGGACGCUCUCGUAUUCCAUCUUAACUUCGCCUCUUCUCCCCAUCACUCAAUUAUAAACCGCCUUUGCUCAAGUUCAAAAAACCCCUCCCUUUCCUUCAACCAUUGAAAUCAAUCUCUCUUUUCUCUCGGCGAUUUGAUCUGGAUUUUCAAUCUGUGGAUCCUUGCAAUGGACGCGACUGGGAGUACGGAUCUUGAGCCGAGAGAGCUCACUUUCGUUGAUUUCCCUGCCGAUGCUGUUGAUACUCAUUCCACAGGAGGUCAAAAUAACAACAUAAAUUCUGGACUGCCAGAAGCUUUCUGUGCUGAAAAAGCAAUGGACACGGCUGAUGCAAGUGGGCUGGUGGAGCAGUUGUCUCAGUCUUCUGAGCCAUCGGAACCAGGAAGGACAAGAAAUACUGGCAAGUGUAAUUUGCGGAAAAGUCUAGCUUGGGAUGCUGCCUUCUUUACAAGUGCAGGCGUUCUGGACCCUGAUGAGUUGUCCAACAUGAUCAAAGUAGAUGGCAAGGGUGAAAGGCAUCUUUUAUCUGGAAUUGCAGAGGAUAUAAGCCGAUCUACUGAUUCAUUCUCUACAUUAGAAAGUGACAGUCUGACAUUGGAAAAUGCUGAAGCUGAUUUAUUUGAAGACAUCAGAGCUUCAAUCCAGAAAUCUAGUAAAGCAUCUAACAUGACUAGUUCUAGCAAAGCUGCAAACCAUAGUUCUCCGUUCUUUAAAGAAGGUGCAGCUUCUGAAAAUAUGGUGAAGUCAAAACAUGGUCCCAAGAAGCAUACCAUUGGAAUGCAAGGACCAGGGAAAUUGAUGAAGCGUAGUUCUGGUUGCACACAGCCCGUGGCUAAAAUUGGAGGCUUGACUCCAUCUCUUCCAAAGCCACCAAACGCUAUUGGCAGACCUAAUCCCAUCUUGCCAGCAGCACCAAAGAAGGCUUAUUUAAGUUCCAAGGAUGUAAAAAUGGGAAAUGAGAAAGCAAAAUGUGCCUCUGUUGUUACAGCUCAAGAUAAAAUGAUUCCGGUGUCAAAGACACCCGGGGACGCUGGUUCUGGCAGGACUGUGCCUAAGCUUGCUGGAUCUUUGAAAUCACCUUCUAUGAGGUCCUCAGCCGUAACCAGAAAAGACCCACCAAGAUCAUCUUCCUCAUCUAGUAGUUUUCACAGUCAAUCAUCUUCAGAUGUUGUUGGCGUAUCUCCUGUGAAAUCUAAUAGGAGGAGGAUUGGUUCCAGAACUGUUAAUCAAGCAUCUUCCAGUUUGGCCCUCAAAACACCUUCAAAGGUUGCAUUGAAGCAAAAAGGACAGGCUGAUCUCCCAGCUAAAUUAAUGUCACCAAAGCUCUCUUCUAAUAUUUCUCCUGCUAGUUCUAUUAGCGAAUGGUCCUUAGAAUCAUCUUCAUCAACUUCUGCUGUCAGUAGGAGGUCUGAUAUUUCAAGGGCUAGCUUUAGUGCUAGCUCUCCUCGCAGAUCCCUCAAUGUGAAUGCCUCUUCUGGUCUGGAUAAUCGUAACCAAUCUGUCAAUCAAAUCUCAGAUAUGCAUGAACAUAAGGCAGCUCGACUAUCCAGUGAAAAUCUGAAGACAUUUCCCAGGCAGGCUGGUGCAUCAACUAGUGUAAAACCUACAGGUCUGCGGAUGCCAUCGCCAAAGAUUGGGUUUUUUGAUGGGGUGAAAUCUGUGGUUCGUACCCCGUAUGGGACUAUGCAACCUUCUUCUGGCAUACCAGCUGGUCCAAAAACUGGAGUCAGAAACAGCAGUCCAAGUGGAGGCUCAAACAAGGCAAAGCCUGCGAAGCUUCAACCUAAAAGAACAGUUGGAGCAAUUGGGAACACGAGGCCUGAUGUCCAGAAACCUGCUUUGACUGUGCCAUCUAAGAAACCCUCAAAAGCUUCCACAAAGGUCUCUAAUGUUUCUGGGGAUGCAAAGAAAUGCAUUAGCAUACCACAUGAAGUCCAGAAUGGAACAGAGGGAGAAAAUCAAGUAAACGUCGACCAAAAGGGAACUGAAGGAUAUGAUAGAGAUAAGGAUGUUCCUGAGAUUGGCCAGGAUGCUGGAAAGACUGGAAGUCUAGGUGUGUUGAAGGGUGAAAUAGACUUGGAAGAACAAGGUAAUGCAAACUCAAAGGAUACCGAGAUUUCUCCUGUUGAAUGCAUAAUGCCAUCUGAAGAAGCGGAUGAAGCUACAAUUUCUAGCAUACAGCAUCUCAACAAGAGUUGGGAUUCACCUUAUAGAAGCAAUGAAAAACAAAAUGGCCAUCGUGAGAAACAUGUUGAUGGUUUGAGUACAGAUGCUGUAGUAAUCACCUCAGAACAGGAGCCACAGAAAGAUUUGGUUUGCAAUUCCAUUGCUCAAACUAAACUUGCUGGGCCAGAUUUCAGUGCUCCAGAGCCGUCAUGUUCCGAAGAGCUACAUGUAUCGGCAUCCAUUCUGAUGAUUCCUUCUCUUGUGGGAUCAUCUGAAACCAAGGUCGCCAGCACAAGGACUCCUUUUUUAGUAAAGAACUCUUUGUGUAACAGCGAGGAAGAUGUUUCAAGGAGAUUGAGCAAUGGGGCAAUAGACAAGAAAGCAUCCAUCCCUCCUUCAGAGAGUGCCCAGAUUGAGAACAUUUGAAAACAGUGGUCAUGCAGCAUGUUUCUUGAAGGUACAUCCAUAUUUAGCUGUCAAAACAUUCAUAUUAACCAGAAUGUAGAAGUGUUAGAUCAGGUGCUGUUUUGAGACUUGAUUCAAUAGUACCUGAAACAAAUCCAAUUUAGUUCUCCUCUUUCA